AUGUCGCGACUCUCGUUACCAGCACCAGAACCCAGUCGAGCAAACACAGGCCGCAGUCGUGCUCGAUCGAAGGCUCCCAGCGGUCGACCCAAUAAGCGCAUCAUCCUCUGCGAAGAUGGCACCUGGCUCAACUCCGACAGUGGCGACCUCGAGGGAUCCAUAGCAAUACCCAGCAAUGUGACCCGGAUAUCACGAUGUAUCAAGCCGAUGAGCAACGACGGAGUCCCGCAGAUCGUCUACUACCACCACGGGGUGGGUGGCGGAUCCGGACCCCUAAGUCGGUUGCAGGGUUUCACUGGGGAUGGCAUAUCAGAGAUCAUCCGGGAGGGCUACCAAUUUGUUGCUACCAACUGGACGCCAGGCGACGAGAUAUUCAUCUUUGGCUUCUCAAGGGGAGCGUACACGGCUCGGAGUAUCGCUGGCCUGAUCGAUAACAUCGGAAUCUUGACCAACGCUGGCCUACCGUAUCUGGCAGAAAUCUUUCGGGACACGAAGCACCAGCACGACCGAGAUUACCAGCCCAAAUAUCCUGACAUACCAUUCAAGAACAAGCCAAGCGCAAAUGACCCGGAGUACUUAGAUGAGCUGGUACGACUACGACUCACGACGCCGGACGUCCCGAUCAAAGUCGUCGGAGUCUGGGAUACGGUUGGCUCCCUGGGUGUGCCUAAGAUAGGCUGGCUGACUCGAUUGGGCCUCCAAAGUACUCAGAUGAAGGAGAUGUCUUUCUACGAUACAGCACUCGGAAACUGCAUAGAGUACGCCUUUCAGGCGCUGGCCCUCGACGAGCGCCGAUUCUCCUUCCAGCCUGCGCUCUGGGAGAAGUUCGAAGGUAAUACGACUGCUUUACGACAAGUCUGGUUUCCUGGCGCUCAUUCAAACAUCGGCGGAGGAUACGAAGAUCAGCAGAUUGCUACUAUCAGUCUGGCGUGGAUGGUGGCGCACUGCCAGCCGUUCUUAGAUUUCGACGAAGACUACAUCUUUGAAGAGUGGGAGAAGGUGGAGGAUUUCUACGAGAAGCAUGAGCAGAAAAUCCGUCCGUGGUCAUUUGGCUACAUUUACGAUGGCAUUACAUCUCUAUAUGCUUUGGGAGGCAUAAAUAUCCGCAAACCAGGACGCUAUUGCGCGACGGAUCCGACCAACGGCAAAGAAACGGACGACCCUCUCAUCGACACCUGGGAGUACAUCCACCCGUCCGUGCGCUCCCGGCUCAAGCUUGGGGGUCCGGGAGUCGACGGCAGAGGUCGAUAUGAAUGCAAGAGCCUGCAGGACUGGAAGUUGGUGAUUGAAAAUGAAGAAGGCAGAUCCAGGCCUCGCAUCAGCUGGCGCUCGCGGGAUAAGCCGAAGGAACCGGGCUUUGUUCGAGAGCUGCGCGAGUCUCCAUUGUUGCGGCUCGAGACGGAGCUCCUGGAGUAUGACUCUGAGACGGCGGAGUACGUGCUGAGGCCUUCUGGUAUGCGCAAGCGGCGCGGUCCACGCAGUACGGGCGGGCGUAGUGCGCAGGGUGGGCGCAGUCGAAGCAGACGUCCUGAUGACUGA